GGCAGCUGUGUUUAGUUUUUCUUCGACUUAAGUAUUUUGAGCGGGGACUUUUAAUUGAAAACAGAUGGAUACACAAAUGCUGGAGGAAGGCAAAACCCUAACUUUCACUAUAAAAAAGCGGGUUGCAGAAGCUCCCUCAGAACUGAUGCCCCAAGAAGUCGCACUUCCGGGCGCAUCAAGUUUUUUGGAACUGAACAAUUGCUGUCGUUUGUGUCUGGAGGAGCCGCAUCCUAACCAAAUGUUGGACAUGAACAGCAUUUAUGACCAGGACGCGGACUUGAGCUACUACGACUGCUACGAGAUCUGCACUAAGCAAGAUCUACGCCUCAGUCCGAGCAAUGAACCCAGAACUUUGUGCAAACGAUGUGCCGUCGAGUUACAAUGGGCAUACGAUUUCCACAAGAAAGUGGCUAUUGCCAAUCAGCAGUUGAAGGAGAUAUUUGAAGUCGACGAACCCUCAGGAGAUCUGGACGGCAAAGCACACCAAGAGGAGGACGAGGAGGAUAUGAAUGAGGAAUUUCUACUUGAGGAAUUUGAGGAAAAGCAGGAUGACUACGAAGAGGAGGAAACCCCUAAUAACUUUAACAACUUAGAGGACAUUCUGCCGCGGCAUCGUCACUUGGGAAAAUUCAGCUGCGAGUUCUGCCAUAAGGUUUUUAAGAACCAUUCCCGUAUGGUCAAGCACCGGUCGAUUCACCUGACCAAUCGUCCCCACUUUCGGUGCAGCCAGUGCGAUAGAAUUUAUCUAACCAAACAUUCCCUCAAAAACCAUGUGGUCUCGAAGCACAGACAGUCCGGCGUCCACUGCGACACUUGCGGCAAGGUGUUUGCCAUCCCAAAAGCCUUGGAGAUUCAUAAACGCUAUCAUAACAGAGACUUUCCCUAUGCCUGUGAUCUUUGCGAUAGGCGUUUUGCACAGCGAUCGCAUUUGACUGUCCACCGGCAGGUGAAACAUAAUGGGUCCCGGUUCAUUUGUGAGUUCCCCGACUGCCAGAAGUCUUUUACUUCGUCUUCAUCUCUCAGAAAUCACGAGUGCACCCAUACGGCGAUGCCCUUUGAGUGUGCUCGCUGCCAUCAGAGUUUUCCAGCUCGUACAAAAUUGCGAGUGCACCUUGAACGGAAACAUGGCAUGCGAGUGGAGUUGGAGGAACUUGAAGAGAUGCGCAAGUUUUACGUUGCGCGCUCCAAAUUGGUUAUGACGAAGGUUUGCACAGAGCAGCAACAAACAGACAGCAGCCCGGAAAAGGAAACUAGAAGAAGUUCUAGUUAAAAGGAUUGAAGAUUUAAAGUAAUAAUUAUCAUUCCAUAACCAAAUCUGCGAAAUUGCCUUACAAAUAUCACAUUCAAUUUAUUUCACACGUUCCUUUGGUUAACUUACACGGAUAAGAUUAGGUUUUCACGUACAUAUAUAAAGAUAUUCGAUAUCAUAGACAAAAUAAAUGCUGCUAAAUCAGA